AUGGACACAAAGUCUGAGAAGCGCCUGGAACGCAUCAAGAACACCAUCCGCACCUACGUCAACUUUCCCAAGGAGGGCAUCGUCUUUCGCGACGUCUUCCCCCUCUUCCAGGAUCCGUCGGUGCUGGAGGACGUGAUGGCGCUCUUCGAGGAGCACAUCCGCUCGCUGGCGCCGCCCAAGGUGGGCGCCAUCAUCGGCCUCGAGUCGCGCGGCUUCCUCUUCGGCCCCACCCUCGCCCUCCGCCUGGGGCUGCCCUUUGUGCCGGUGCGCAAGGCGGGCAAGCUGCCGGGGAAGGUGGUCUCCGCCGCCUACCAGCUGGAGUACGGCAGCGACCGCUUCGAGCUCCAGGAGAGCUCCAUCACCCCCGCCGGCCUGCCGGUGGUCAUCGUCGACGACCUGCUCGCCACCGGCGGCUCGCUCAAGACGGCCAUCAAGCUGGUGGAGCAGUGCGGCGGCACCGUCCGCUCCGCCGCCGUGGUCAUCGAGCUGGCCGACCUGGCCGGCCGCAAGCAGGUCUCCUCGCCCGUCUUCGCCCUGGUUCAGUACUGA